AUGUCUGGCUUUGGUUUGGAUAGUCUUGUGGUUGGGAGUGCAGACCCAAAACGGAAGGCUCUUCUGAAAGGGCCACAGUCCCGCAACUGGACCUCAUUUAUUGAAGCUAUCACCGCGGACGGCCGUGUCCUUACCCCUGGCAUUAUCUUUAAGGGCAAAGAACUUCAGAAACAGUGGUUCUUGACGGAAUUCGGCAAAAUAGCCAACUGGCAUUACAUAACGUCGCCCAACGGAUGGACGGACAACCAUAUCGCUAUUGAGUGGCUUGAGAGGAUGGACAUGGAAGUCAUGCAACGGAUGCAUGGAUGGCCACAUGCUUUUUGA